UCAUCCUGUCAGCUGUACACGCGUUUAUAUCUACAUCGAGUAUACUUUGGCUGUCAAAUUUGUCUUUUUUCACACUGCUUUGGUUUUGCGGAACUAAGAUUUGGUGCUGCGAAAAACAGAACACACCCGACCAAGAUGUCUGAAGUCGCUGCUAGAAUUCCGAAACCGGUGCUGCGUGGUCUCCACAAUGCCACCAUCAAGCGCAACCUGAUCGUGUCCGGCGUCCUGUGCACCAUUGCUGUCGUUGCGAUGAAAGUGAUGCACAACGACCCCAAGGUUCGCGAUUACGCCGAGUUCUACAAGACCUACGAUGCGAACAAGGCUUUCCAGCGCAUGAAGGAUGCCGGUCUGCUGCAGUCGGUCAAAAAUUAGAUAUGGCUCCUACGCGAAGCGCUAUUUAGUAACAGAGAAGAGGAAGAGAGAGAGAGAGAGAUAAUGAGAGAGAAAACAAUGUAUGAGCCACUGGAAUCAAGGUGCAUGAUUGCAUUCUAGAAACCAAUGGAAAUCGUACAGUAAAAUAAAUUCCGGUUAAUCCAAAUGUUA